AUGGAGCCAGAUGGUGAGCCAUGGUAUCAUGAUAUCAACAGGUUCUUGAAAACGAAAGAAUAUCCCAAGCAGAUACAAGAGUUACAUCCUAUAUCAGCACGAUGGCCGUUUGUUGCUUGGGGCAUGGAUGUUAUUGGGCCAAACGAGCCGAAACCUUCAAAUGGGCACAUGUUCAUCUUGGUUGCCAUUGAUUAUUUCACAAAGUGGGUUGAAGCAGUCAUUUUCAAAGCUCUCACUAAGAAAGCAGUGGUGGACUUUGUUCAUUCCAACAUUAUUUUUCGUCUUGGUAUUCCUAAAACUAUCAUUAUAGACAAUGCUGCAAAUCUGAAUAGCCACCUAAUGAGGGAGGGUUCCAGACAGUGGCAUGAAAAGUUGCCUUUCGCAUUAUUGGUAUAUUGCGCUACCAUGCGCACAUCAGGUGGGGCUACCCCUUACUUAUUGGUUUACUGCACUGAAGCCGUAAUACCCACCGAAGUCGAGAUUCCCUCUCUUCUGAUCAUUGUUGAAGCCGAGAUGGAGGAUGAUGAAUGGGUCAAAUCCCGUUUGGAAUAA